GCAAACGACCUGCCAAAUAUUCUCAUCGCCGUCACGAUUUCUCAAUGCGUCUUCAAGACAUCAUUUCAAUUUUCAGUUACUUACCGCCGGAAGAAUCAAGAAAUAAAAAAACUACAAUAAUUUGAGCCUGGUUAAGGGAAUUUUGCUCUUCUUAUCCAACAAUCAUUACGCUACUUGCUUCAUUUAUCAAACGAUCGCUAGGAAUUCUGAUUCACCGGCUCGAUUUUUGGGAAAAGUUCUGUGAGGCGAGAAUGAUAUGGCAAAGAUCAUCAAGUACAAAGUGGCAGUCGUGGGGACCUACAGAGAGUACAUCAUUUGGAGAUCAAAACAGCUCAGCUUCGGUUAGGUUGCAAAAGGAGGUUCAAGUCACGCCAUUUGUAUUGUUCUGAAGUGAAUCAGUGAAAGUACUGACUGUUUAGGGAAAAAUGGAGAGGUGAGAUGAAAGCAUGCUUUAAAGCAUGCGUUCUUUGUUUGUUUAAACGGCUCUUAAGAGGUAAAGAUGGAUUUGAGAGCUCCAUUUUAUCUGAAGGUAUAUUUUAGCGUUUUUCUUUUCAAUGUCUGUUUUUGACAGAGGACUGUAAAAUAAAUGCUUUGUGUCUUGCAAGGAAAAUUGUUAAGAUGAAGAAUUUGCCGUGUGGAUGGAUUUUUGAGGUUUCAACGCUCUAUUGAAAAUUUCACUAAGCGAUCCAGGAAAAGGAUUCGCAAAGUAAUCCCUGCACGGAUGGGUUUAACACUGUCUGUGAUAAAAUUCACGACUUCGAUUUAGAUAUUCUGCAUUGUUUAUUGCACGGAGAGCCUGGCUAUUACCUGGAGCAGAAUUCCUUGGUGUGCAAAAAACGUACAACCAUGCCGGGAUCCUGCCGCUUAUAUUUUUUAUCGAUUCUUCUUGCUGUUUGUUUCCCGGGCAUUAACUGCACCGAAAUGCGCCAGACAUUGAUGAUUUUAAAACAGGGCUUCAGAAAUCAAGACCCUCUCUCGGGGUGGGUCGAAACAGAUUCUUCUUAUUGUUCAUGGAGAGGCAUAAGAUGCAUCGGGGGAAGUGUUUAUUCACUUGAUUUAUCUUUCAUAAACCUGCAAGGCGUUAUAUCCCCAGUGUUAGGAAACCUCACAAAUUUAUGUCAUCUGAAUCUAAGCAGCGUUGGCGUUACAGGGAAAAUACCAUCACAGCUCUGGGGUCUUUCAAGGCUCGAAUUACUUGACCUGUCCGGUAAUGAUCUCCAUGGCGUCUUGCCUCCACAGAUUGAUAACCUUAUAAAUUUAAAGGCUUUGGUUCUGGAUAACAACCAUUUCAGUGGAAUGUUACCUCUGCAGAUGACUCACUUGAAAAAUCUGUCAAAGCUAAGUUUAGGCAGUAAUUUCUUUUCAGGUAGCAUUCCCCAGCAGAUGGGCAAUCUUAGAAACUUGGAAUACCUCGACAUAAGUUCUAAUACCUUUUCAGGCAGCAUCCCUUGUGAGCUUGGAAAUCUGUCGAAGUUGUUGUACAUGGAUUGCAGUCAAAAUUUAUUCUCUGGAAUCUUUCCAGCUGAACUAGCCAGUCUUAGCAGCUUACUGACUCUGGAUCUCAGCAACAAUACAUUGUCUGGACCACUGCCAAAACAAAUCAGUGGGAUGACCAAUUUGGUUUCUCUCUGGAUUUCAUCAAACUCAUUCAACAAUUCCAUUCCAGCUGAGAUUGGCAAGCUUGGUCACCUUGAAACAUUUUGGUGUGUGAACUGUAAAUUCAGUGGAAAGUUGCCUUCAGAAAUCGGCGACAUUCAUUCACUGACAGAGCUUGAUCUCUCACAGAAUAACUUUGAAGGACAGUUGCCAGAUGGUAUUGGCCGUUUACAAAACCUCCUGUAUCUGGCCGCUGCACAUUCUGGGUUGGCUGGACAUAUUCCAGCUGCAAUAGGCAACUGCAAGAAUUUACUGAUACUUGAUUUGUCCUUUAAUCAACUCUCUGGGCCGUUGCCUGAUGAGCUUCAAGAAUUGGAGUCCAUAAUGAGUUUCAUAGUUGAAGGAAAUCUCUUGUCAGGCCAUGUACCUUCCUGGCUUGGAAAGUGGGACAGAGUUAAUUGUAUACAAUUGUCCAACAACCAGUUUGAAGGCCGUUUGCCUAAAGAAUUAGGCAACUGCUCAUCUUUGAAAUCAUUGUUAAUUGAUUCUAAUAGGCUAAGUGGUCCGAUACCGUCAGAGCUUUGUAAUGCAAAGAGCUUAUCGUCUCUCUCCCUGGCACAGAAUCAGCUUACAGGAAACAUCAGUUACACUUUCAGAGAAUGCAUGAGCCUGAACGACUUGUGGCUGUAUGGGAACAAUUUGUCUGGCCAAGUUCCUGGUUACCUUGCAAGUCUGCCUCUGGCCAUCUUGGAUGUGGCACAAAACAAUCUGUCUGGAGAAUUACCAGAUGAGCUUUGGAACUCACAGACUUUGCUUGCUAUAACAUUGAGCAAUAAUUUUCUUGUGGGUGGGUUAUCCCCAAAUAUUUCUCCUGCCCGAAGCCUUCAGAGAUUGCAUCUAGAAAACAAUCAUUUGCAAGGUUCUAUUCCAAAAGAGAUUGGACAGAUGACAAAUCUUACAUCUUUGAAUCUCUAUGGCAACUGGUUCACUGGAGAAAUUCCUUCUGAACUCUUUGAUUGUGUCAAUCUUGUGACCCUAAACAUAGGAAAUAACAAUUUAUCUGGCACAAUUCCUAAGAAGGUAGGGCAGUUGGGCAUGCUGAAUAAUCUCGUCCUUUCACACAAUAAGCUUGGUGGCACCAUUCCAAGUGAAAUUUGUGGUGGAUUCAAGCAAAUACCUUUGCCUGACUCUCUGUUUUUACAGCACUAUGGGAUGUUAGAUCUUUCAUUGAACACUUUGGUUGGCAGUAUUCCUGAGCAGAUUGGAGAUUGCACUGUAAUGGUUGAUUUAUUUUUACAAGGAAACCUACUUACCGGUCAUAUUCCUCAGCAACUUUUUCUUCUUAGAAAUCUUAUUAUGCUGAAUAUGUCUUUUAAUUUUCUUAGUGGACCCAUUUCACCUGAGUUUGCAAGACUUCAAAACCUUCAGGGCCUCAGUUUGUCUAAUAACCAGUUCACUGGUAGUAUUCCUAUAGAGUUGGGAAAUAUCUCAGGUCUUGUGAAGCUUAACUUAACAAAUAAUCAACUCAAUGGAGCCUUUCCUGCAGCUUUUGGAAACCUGAACAGACUCACUCAUUUAAGCUUGAGGAACAACAAUCUGACAGGACACCUUGAUACAUCAUUUUCUCCUGAUUCAGUUAGCCAAUUGUCUGUCUUGGAAUUGAGCGAUAACAAAUUCAGAGGUCGUAUUCCAGACACCCUGGCAAAUCUAUCUUCACUACUGGUUUUAGAUGUUCAUAACAAUGGCAUUACUGGAAGUAUUCCUGUUUGGUUGGCUGGACUAACUUCGCUGAUGUCCUUGGACCUGUCAGCCAAUCAUCUCAAAGGUAAUAUUCCUUCCAAUUUAUGUGACAUUUUCGGCCUUGAAUACAUAAAUCUUUCACAAAAUGCAUUAAUUGGGGAGAUUCCUCAAAACUGCAACAAGUUUUCUCUGUCAUUCGUUGCCAACCCUGGUCUCUGUGGUAAGCCAACUGGCAUUCUGUGUCCUCCACCAAAGCAUUCACCUGGAUCUUCCUUAAGCAAAGGUGGUGUAUGGGGUAUCAUUCUUGGAAGUAUCCUUUUAUUUCUCUUCUUAGAAUUUUUUUCAUUUCUCUGCUUGAUGUUAGCACGUGUAAAACGGAGGAAACUGAGACAGGAUGCUUCAACAAACAAUCCUGAGAUAACCGAGCUAACAGCUACACUUGAACCCACUGAUUAUACAAUUUCAGUAAAGGUGAAGGAGCCACUUAGCAUCAAUGUUGCAAUGUUUGAAAGGCGUCUGUUGCGCCUUAGCCCAGAAGAUAUCCUCUCAGCAACUAAUAAUUUCAAUAAUACAAAUAUUAUUGGAAAUGGUGGUUUUGGCACUGUCUACAAGGCUUUUCUUCCAGAAGAUAGAAUUGUAGCUAUUAAAAAGCUAAACCAUGGGCUCGAACAGGGUAAGCGUGAAUUUGUUGCAGAGAUGGAAACUAUUGGAAAGGUUAAGCAUACAAAUUUAGUAUCUUUACUUGGCUACUGUGUUUUUGGGGAAGACAAGCUUCUGAUAUAUGAGUAUAUGGAAAAUGGCAGUCUUGAUAUGUGGCUCCACAAUCGAUCAGAUGAUCUCGAGGUCCUUGACUGGUCAAAGCGCUUCAAAAUUGCCAUUGGUUCUGCCCGAGGUCUUGCGUUUUUACAUCAUGGUUUCAUACCCCACAUUAUUCACAGGGAUAUGAAAUCGAGCAAUAUUCUUCUUGACAGUUCAUUUCAGCCCAAGGUUGCAGAUUUUGGCCUUGCUCGCCUCAUUAGUGCAUACGAGACUCAUGUAAGCACAGAUCUUGCAGGAACCAUUGGUUAUAUUCCUCCAGAGUACGGGCAGAGCUGGAAGGCGACAGCCAAGGGAGAUGUAUAUAGCUAUGGUGUCAUUUUGUUGGAGUUGCUGACAGGUAAAGAAGCUACAGGUACAGACUUCAAAGAAGCAGAGGGUGGCAAUCUUGUUGGAUGGGUGUCACAUAUGACCAAGAUGGGUCUUGUAGAAGAGAUCCUGGAUACCCUAAUUUCUAAUGGAUCUUGUAAGCCUCAAAUGGUACACGUGUUGCACAUAGCAGGAUUGUGCACAUCUGAAGAUCCAAAGAAGCGCCCAUUGAUGCUUGAAGUUGUCAAGCUUUUGAAGGGAAUUGAGCAACUUGAUCAAAGACUUGGUAUGCAUGAAGCUGUCACUUCUUAAGCGCUAUUUCUAAAUCCUUUCAGUGGCCAAAGACAGCUAGGACUAGACUCAUGAGGUGCAUAAGUUGGAUUGAUGUUUUGGUGCUGACACUGUUCUUUUUUCAAAUAUGGUGGGUGCAUUUUUGGGUUGAUACCUUCUCUACCGGAUCACUAGCUCAUACAAGCUUUUUAAAGCUUCCUUUCUAUCUAAUGUAAUUGAUAAUGUAAUCAGGGUACUUUGGAUUGCCUAUGGGCUAUUGUAAUGGGUAGAUAGGUUUAUGUUUUGAGCAAUACUGAGGGGUUUUCUUACUGGUUCUUUCCCCUCAGUGCUCA